GUGCGGCUCAUUAAACGCAGCAUGGCAGCCGUCGCGGCUGUGGUAGGGCACUCCCGCCUGGCGGUCAGCCCCGUCUCCCAGCCUCGAGGAUCGGCGCAGCUGAGGGCACCCGUAAGGCAGCUAGCGGCUGGCUGGCCACGCAGCAGACGCGCCUGCCGCACACAGGCAGUGGGGCAGGUGCCCGGCACGCCCGCAGCGCCGGGGGCGGGGCUGUCGCCAGAGCUGCGCGAGGCCAUCCAGCAGUUCAUCACCGAUAACAAGAUCGUGGCCUUCAUCAAGGGCACCAAGCAGUUCCCCUCCUGCGGCUUCAGCAACACGGUGGUGCAAAUACUGAACAACUGCGGCGCGCCCUACGUCACCGUCAACGUGCUUGAGGACGAGCUGCUGCGCAGUGGCAUGAAGGAGUUUUCCCAGUGGCCCACCUUCCCCCAGGUGUACAUCGACGGCGAGUUCUUUGGCGGCGCAGACAUCCUCAUCGCCGCCUACACCAGCGGCGAGCUGGCGGAGGAGGUGGAGCGGGCCAUCAACAACUGAUUGAUGGGCCGCCGGGGGCGCCUUCCGCGCAGGCAGCUGCCCCCGAAGCAGCCGCCCGCCACCUCCCGGGCCUGCUUCCACGGCCCUGGUUGGUUUGUGUUGCGCUGGUGCCCAGUGGCACCCUGUAGUGAGCGACGUAAGAAGCAGCGGCCUGGCGCAGGCCGGCUGUGGCAGAAUGAACCAAUGUGCCGCCUUUGCCCCGGCACGCAGCCCCCCGUGUACCUUCCCCCUUCCCUCCCUGUGCCAAUUCCGUUUCUGUCUCCCCUUGGGCUGUGCAUGCUGCCACCUUGGCAUCUUUCCUCCUCUCUUUCCCUUGCCUACCAGGCCCUCUAUCUCACAUACUGACCCAUCUGGCUUUUCAGCGUUGCCCCCAUGGAAUUUGACUCAUCAUUAGCCACGACAGGCAUUGGCGAAUGGAUGGAUGCCUCUCAGCUGUAGCGAAUCGUUGUGC